UGUUUUACUGGGAUAGUGGUCAAAAAACGCGACGCCAUUUGCUAGGAAAAUUGAUUCGGCGAAGCCUUUUCUCCGCAAAAAUCGUGCUAAAAUGUGUGUUUAUUGUGUUCAGUGCAAUUAAGCUGUGCUCAGGACUUUUGUUGGAAGGAAGACGUCAUGUGGCUGCGAAGCGAACGUCGGGAGCUACGGCUUCGACGGGCGUGCACUUCUAGUCGCACGGGGCCCCCAAAGCUCCACACCACGAAGCGUCCAAAGAGUUUCCGGCAGAAAGCCCAGUCAGGUCAAAAGCGUUCCGUAGCGGCACGAACCACGAGCAUCAAGUGCAAUAGCGGUGGGGAGGAGAGAUGUCAAACAAAAGCAAAGGUACGUCGUGGCAGGAAGUCCAUUGUGAGUGCCAGGAAGCUCUCGGAGGAGUGCAAGGAGAAUUGCUGGCAAGACUCCGAAGUAACGCUCUUUGAUGCGAAGCUGGAUCGAUGCAGUGAGUCAAGUGGGGAGAGAAGGGCAUUUGAGGGGGAUGCUGAUAUUGGAUCCCCGGGAGAUGCCCUGAAUCGCUUUGGGCCAAUCUUGCUGGAGGAUGACAAGGAAAAUGCAAAUGUGGCCUCAAGUGGGAGUAUUACGUCGACAUCGUGUAUGGUGUGUGAACCUGAAGGGCAGGAAGAGGAACCAACUCAAUCGAAGGAUCCACAGUAUCCCUUCAUUGGGGCUGAAGGGCAGAUGGUUAAAUGUAUCAGUGAGUGCGACAGUACAACGGAUUACGAUCAAAAUCUCGAUGUUCUGCCCACUUCAUCCACAUCCGCAUCACCAUCUCCCUCCUCGUCGACUUCUUCCUCCCAAAGUGGACCCAUUGCAAGCUUCCGGGAGCAUUCGGGAAUGUCGGGGAGUCUCGAUACGGUAGUACCAGAGGUGGAUUCCACGACGGAUCUCAUGCCCGAAUGUGAUUCAGGGUUGCAGCGAAAGGGGAGAGAUUUACCCAAAUUAACCCUCCCAAUUCCUUCAUUUGGAAGUAACUUCGGCUCAACGGAUUUCUCAAAGCAAUUCCCCACGACAUCCAAUGCUCCACCCCUUCAGCCGCCAAUGUAUCACACCACAACUCCCGACUGGCUCUCACUCUUCGAUGAGGAGAUGAGCAAAAUUACCCCAGACUUUAGCCAGUACACGGACUUUCUGCCCUACAACACACUCCUCACACAGGCAUUGCUCAGUUGCAGCACUGAGGGAGGUUUGGGGUGCACAGGAUCGCUGGUGGAUGGUACAGCCAGCUCAUCCACCUUCCCCGUGACCACGGGUGUGGACACAAAUGCCGUUUCCGAUGCCAUUUUCAUGCAAUCCAUGAGUCAGAGUGCCAUGGAUAAUCUGAAAGCUCUAUCAAAUCUACAAAAUCACACCAAUUUCCUGUCCAGCAUCACCCUGCCACGCCCCACGGACACCGACAAUCUCAUACAGAGUGUCAAUCCCCUCCCUGAAGCACCGCCAUUGCCCCAAACUGAUCUCGCCACCGAUGAAGCCAUUCAAUUGGAAACGGAUGAAUGUAUGGAGAUUGAAGAUGUACCCGAUCAUCGCCAUGAAACACUCACGUGGACCACAUUUGAUCCCUAUGUCUUCAUAAAGCAACUUCCACCCCUUACGGGUGAUAUGCGUGCAAAAUGCCCCGCAUUGCCGCUAAAGACACGCUCUAGUCCGGAAUUUAGUUUGGUGCUGGAUCUCGAUGAGACACUCGUGCACUGUAGCCUACAGGAGCUCUCUGAUGCCAGCUUCAAAUUUCCAGUUCUCUUCCAGGACUGCAAGUACACUGUAUUUGUGCGCACACGACCAUUCUUCCGGGAAUUCCUGGAGAGGGUUUCCAAGAUUUUCGAAGUUAUCCUCUUUACGGCUUCCAAGCGUGUCUAUGCUGAUAAAUUACUCAAUCUGCUGGAUCCAGAGAGGAAGUGGAUAAAAUAUCGCCUCUUCCGUGAACACUGUGUUCUCGUAAAUGGGAACUACAUCAAGGAUUUAACAAUUCUUGGGAGGGAUUUAUCUAAAACAAUUAUUAUCGACAACUCACCACAAGCAUUUGGAUAUCAACUAGAAAAUGGAAUUCCCAUUGAAAGCUGGUUUAUGGACCAAAGCGAUAAUGAAUUGAUGAAAAUUCUCCCAUUUCUGGAGCAUCUUGCGGCUUUGAGAGAAGAUGUUCGUCCCCAUAUUCGUGAUCGGUAUCGCUUAUUCUCAUAUUUACCACCAGAUUGAGUUCAACUAGGUUCCCAUUACCUUAGCUACAUGCAUCUACUCGGUAGGUAUCCAUAAGUCAAAGUAAAAGAAAAAAAAAUUAAAGAAAAAUUGAUGAAAAAAAUAUUAAUUUUAGAGAAAUUGUGGCAAAGAAGAUUUUCUCUGCUGCAAAAAUAAUUGAUUUUAUGCAAAUUGCAAAUUUUCCUUCAAAUGUUCUUCCAUGAACAUAAUGUAGGGUAGUUAGAAAUGAUAAAAAAAAUACUUUCUUCUAUCAAUUUUUUUUUCUUUUGAGAAAAAAUGUCAAUUUAUCGUGAUUCCAUCAAUCGCAAUACCAGAAAUUUUAUUUUAUAGAAUGUGUAUUAAUGUGAAGAAGAAGAAUUGUUUAUAGAACAGAGAAAUUGUUGAAAUGAACACAAUUUUAAAUGAAAUUAUCGGUGAAACUCUUAGAAAACUUUUUCCACGGACUUUUCUUUACAAGUGAAAUUUAAAAGAAAUUUAUACAUAAUGGCAAUCACAGCUGAAAAAUGUGAUCUUUAGUUUAAGAUUUUUUGUUGUUUAUUUUUUAUUUCUAAAAUUUCAUUUUAUAUUUUCUGUUUUUUUUUUUUAAUUUUUAUAUUUUUCCUAUUCACACAAAAAAAAUACAAUUAUCUGGUUUCAUGAGCAGAGAUAGUGAAGUAAAAGAAAAGAUAGAUACACAGUGAAUUAUAGAGAGGAGAAAAUUUGAAAUUAUAAAUCAAUAAAAUAUGUAAAUAAAUACAUAGUCAAUGUUGAUUAUAAAAUAGUUGAUGGAGAAAUUGUGUAAAGAAAAAAAUAUUUAGAUUUUAGAAUUAUUAAUUUUUAGUCUUUCAUUUAUAGGUUGUGUAAUGAUUUUUAUUGCUGAUUUUUAUUUCUUCCACAUGUUAAAUUAAUUAGCGUUGAAAGAAAUAUUUUUUUUUAAAACAUAAAUCGACAUAGGGGAGACUGGGGCUAAUAAAAUCAGACGAGGGUUUAGGAGAAACUCAGAAUAUCAUAUUUUCCAACAAAAUAAUAAGGAAAAAUUUCCAGAGAAAAGUUCUAGGUUCUAUGAUCUACUUCUUAACUCUUUUCUGACUUUUUGUUUACCUCUAAAUCUCCUCUAAAAAUUCAAAGUGAAAAGAAAGAAAUUUUAGCUCUUGUAGUGAUUGACUACUUACAGAUAAUAUUUUUCUUUUUUUUUUCUUUCAAAAGGUCAGUUAAAAAAAAAUCAUGCUAUGACUUACGCACAAUUGGAUUAAAAAUUAAAUCAAAUUCUGAAAAAAAAAAUUAAAAACUCAUUUUUCAGAGAAAAAUUUGAAUGUUUUUCGUUUAAAUUUCAUUCUAUAAUUGCUACAAAUUUUAAUUAAAUGAAAAAAAAAAAGAAAAAUCAAUAUAAAAAUGAUUUUAAAAUAAACUAAGAAGAAAAACCAUUUUAUUUUGGGGAUGUGGCAAUUGCUAUAAAUAAUACGGUUAAGAUUAUAAUAAAGUUAAAUAAUUUUAAAAGAAACGUUGAUAGAAAUUUUUUUGUAAUUUUUUAUAUAAGUAUUUGUUUUUUUUUUAAUUAUUAUUUUCAAAUAAUAUUUCUAAAGUGAUUUCUAUGAGAUUGAUUUUAUCAUGUUAUUGAGGAAAAAUUUUUGUUUUUUCAGUCAAAGUGCCCCAUUUCGGUUUAAAAAUUCACACACACACACAUAAAUAAAAAAAUAAAAAUUAAAAACAAAAAUACAAAUAAAGGAAAAUGUGUAUUAUGUUGUCUUUAGAGACUUGUUGAAGCAUAAUAUACAAAAAAUACUGCAUUUAAAAUGUCUUUAAAAAAAACCAUAAAUAACCAAUAGUAGAAGCAUAAAAUGAUGAAAGAAAAAAAUGUAUACAUAGAAAAUUAAAAAAAUAAAUAAAUAUAAAUUCGUGAGACCACAUUUGUUACUGAAAUAAAAGUUUUGAAAAGAUAAAGAGAAAAAAACACAAAAUAAAAUACAGGAAUUUUUGGGAAAGAUCUUUAGAGAUUACAAAAUAAACAAAAAAACAAGUAAUUCAUAAGAAAGCUGUAGUAGACGUACUAUUAUAUAAAAUAACUCUUUAAUAUUUUUUAAUUCAGAAAAACAAACAUAAUAUACGUUUAAUUGUGAUUAUAAAAUUUAUUUUUUUGCCAUACUUCUAGUGAGAUAGAACUUAUUUGUAAAAAAAAAAAGAAAUUCGUGUAUAGACCACAUUAUAAAUGAGAAUAGAUGUGUCGAUAACAAAAAUGGAUUUAAUGAGACAUUUUUGUAAAUAUUUUGCGUUAUCAAAAACAACAAAAAAAAUCACUUCAAACUUUUCUCUUAAUCAUUAGCGGGAUUUAUCAAAUUUGUAUUAAAUGUAGGUAGAAAAUUUUUCAAAAAAAAAACGAUUCUAGUGUUAACUAUUUCUUGUGCAUAGAUACGAUUUAAAACAAAGUUGAACGAUUCUUAUAUAGAGCAUCAUAUUUGAAUUUGCAGCAACUACAAAAAAUUGGCUUUUAAAAGAAUAUCCCACAUCUAAGAGAUUUGUAGAUCUUUACGAUAGACAAAAAGAAGUUAACAAUAUCAUAUUUUUUAUAAAGAAAAAAUAUGGUGCUAAAACUUUGCUAACUAAAAUUGGUGGAGAAAAAUUAAAAAAAAAAGUGAAGAAACACGUAAAACGAAAGUAAAGUACAGAUAAAAAUAUUAAAAAAAAUUAAUUCAAUAUCGAAAAAGUAAUUUUAUGUAUUGUUCUCAGAAUUAUAUGAUGCGAUAAAAAAAAUUAAAUGUCAAAAUGGCAAAAAUUUAUUGAAUGUUGAACAUUUUCUAUUAAGAUUUUUUGCCAAUAUUUUUAUCUGUUAUUCGUUUUUCUUUUUUUUUCUUUCAAAAAAUCAAAAAUUAACGGAGAUUUCUUUGCGAAAUUUUAAAGUUUACUUCCAACAAAAAAAAUCAAAGAAAGAAGAAAUUCGACAUUAGACCAAAUUGUUCCUAAUUUUUCAGUAUCUCCCCGUUUUUCAAUAAAACUUUUAUAUAAAAAAAUAUUUUUGUCUAUGUGUUUGAUAAGUAAUAGAAAAAAUCACUCUAUAGAGAAAAAGAAAGAAUAAAAUAUAAAACAAUAUGUGGUAAAGGAAGGUUCAAUGUGAAAAAAAAAUUGAAAAAUUAAUCCCCGUUAAAAAGUAAUAAAAAAAAAUAUUGAGAAAAAUAAAACAGAAAGUGAGUAUAAUGUAAUAGUAUCUCUUAGAAUAUUUCUAAUGAUAGUAAUGGAAAAAAUAUCUCUAAAACACUUAUUAAAAAUAUCCCUAUACACAGUUGUAAUCGUAAACCUUUGCAGAAAUAAACGUAUUCAAAUUUAAAAAA